AUGUCGUACGCGGCCAUGCGCGGUCAUGCUGCCCCCUCGUCUGCGCCUUCUCGUGCCUCUUCAGCACAGGGCAACGGGAACGGCAUCGUGAAGCGGAGGGGCCGACCGCCCAAGCAGGCUAGCCCGCCGCCGCGGGUCUUGUAUCUACGCCUCGAGCCCAAGUUCCUGGUGUUUGGGUGCGAGUGGGAGGGUUGCAAAGCCGAGCUCCAGAAUCUGGAUACCCUACGACGACACGUGGCCAAGGUGCAUGUACAGCAUGCGAACGACGGCCUCUGUCGAUGGGGCAAGUGCCGCGGGAUGGACCCAAAGGUGAAUCGUGGUUCUGGACUACCUGCACAUGUGGAGGAGCGCCAUCUGAUACCCUUUGGCUGGCAUGUGGGCGACGGACCGAAGAACACGUUACAGAUGCCCAAGGGGAAGGGGAAAGCACGCGAGGAUAGCGAGGAAGACCACCAGUCUGAUGAUGGGAAGGAGGACGAGGAGGCAGAAGAAGAAAUACCGAGCUAUCUGAAGGAUCAGGACGGCCAUCAGGUCACGCCGUCGAUCAGAGACCAGAAGCUGGAAGAUUACCUCACCGAGAAGGAGAAUAGGAAGCGACUCAGGAGGUUGCUCAUGGAGAGGGAGAGAAACCUGCCUGACGAGGAGGAUGAUACGGGGACACAGUCGCAAGGGGCUGAUGGGAUGUAG